AUAUCACCAAACAGUACCCUGCUCCCAUUUAGUAAGCAUAAGAGUGAGUUGAGAUAUUUUACAUUCUGUUUUGCAUUAAGUUUUGAGAUCCUCUAACUGCAUCUCAGUUUGGACGAUCCCCAAUGUAAGGGCUCUGCAGCCACGUGAGAACACAGCUCCCUCCGCCCGGUUUCUGGUCUUGCCGCAGUCGGCCCCUGUCCCAGGCGGCACAUCCAUCCCCCUGUGCGCUUGUCUCCCCCACAGACCUCACUCUGAAGUUCCUCACAGACCUUGUCGAGUCCGCCAGAAGCCGGACCAUGAGCAUCCUCCAUCCAUCCUUCAACAUAGUCAGGUGCCUCCGAGAAACCCUCCACAGACACCUCCCGGACAACGUCCACCAGCUCAUCUCAGGCAAAAUGUGCAUCUCGCUCACCAGAGUGUCCGACUGGGAAAACGUCCUGGUGUCCGAGUUUCAGUCCAAAGACGACGUUGUGGACGCCUUGAUCUGUUCCUCCUUCAUCCCUUUCUUCUUUGGCUUAAUCCCUCCGACCUUCAGAGGCGAGCGGUACGUGGAUGGAGGGUUUAGUGACUUUAGACCCUGCUUUGAUGACAAGACGACCAUCACCGUGUCGCCCUUCCUUGGGGAGCAUGACAUCUGUCCUAAGGUGAAGUCCACGAACUUCCUGUAUAUGGACGUGUACAGGCUCAGUCUCCGCUUCUGCUUGGAGAACGUCCACCUGAUCAACCAAGUCCUGUUCCCACCGGAUGUCAAG